AUGGCGUUUCGGUCGUCCACGUUCCCAAAGUCCGGAAUCCUGCUUCUCGGCAGCAAUGUUCAGUCGCUCGUCCCAUCCACUCUGAUUUCACAGGCAGAGUCUCUUCUGGAGGGCCACAGAAUCGAGGAGGCGGUCGACCUUGCUGACCAGCAACGGAAGAAGCUCCAGGCAAAUGUAGUUGUAGACGAGGAUGAGGUGACUUUCUCCAUCCCUCAUUGGACACACUUAUGCAUGCCUCAACAGGCCGACGAACUGCGCUACGUGUACCAGCGGAUCGGGUUCCAGUGCUUUACGGAGACAAUGUUUGAGGAUGCAGGGAAGAACUUGUUCAACGGGGAGCUGGACCCGCGGGUGUUGGUCAGCUACUACCCUGAGCUCCGCGGGACGCUGUUUACUGCGAACGACUCGCUCGACAUUUACGCUGGCGUUUCUGAGCGGAUGCCAGCGGAGGCAUCGGUCGACGAUAUAAUUGCGGCCAACCUAGUCCGGAAUUAUUCGCCGUAUCUCAAGCCAAACACCCAGACCGCCCCGCCGACCGCCGAGCUACGCAGGAUUCUGGGCAUGGCUGCGGUAGACAUGUUGGAGGUGUUCUUAAAACGGUGCAGAAAGCGGAGAGCAGUGGAAGGGAAACUCGGGAACGAUCCUGCCCAGGCGGUGGUUGACACGGUGCUAGCAAAGAUAUACGCCCAGUCAGAGAAAACCAAGGAACUCUACACUCUCAUCCAAGAGCCACAUUCCAUCGUGCUUUCUGAGGUGGAAUCUGUGUUCAAAGCCAAUGGCCAGUACAAUGCUCUGUGCAUGCUGUAUCAGCAGUUGGGGGAUGAAGAGCGCCUAUUGCAGGUCUGGUCCAAGUUAGCUGAGGGCGAAUGGUCAGACGAAGACGUCCAAAAUCCCACCGAAAAUAUCUUCAACCUUCUCUCCAACUCCAAGAACAGAGCCCUUAUCCAGACAUGGGCGCUUUGGCUUACCCGGAGAGACCCCGAGCGCGGCAUUAAGCUGCUCAUCUCGCGCGAGUCCGGCAAGCGCCCGCAACGCCCUGAAGACGACCUUUUGCUACUCGAGCAAAUACGGGAAGCGAGCCCUGCGGCCAGUGCUCAAUUCCUUGAGUACCUUGUCUUGCAAAAGCGAAGUAUUUCCCGUGAUCUCCACACCCAACUUGCAGCAGUCUGCACCGAUCAGCUGCUUGCUUCGUUGGAGGACAAAAAUGUCGCCAGGUUAUGGGAAGUCAAAGCCACGCGAUACGCGGAAAAGCGAAACGCCGCCUCGUUCCUCUCCGUCUUUAUGUCGACAACACCCGACUCGCCAUCCAAGUUCACCCGUUUAAAAUGUCUCCUGUUCUUCCAGAGUUCAGCGCUGUAUGAUGCCGAGCUCGUGCGCGAGCGGCUGCUGCCUCAUGCGAAGCGGAUUUUAGCGUUAGAGCUCGCUAUUGUGAAUGGCAAGCUCGGGAACCAUCACGAUGCCCUAGCUUCACUCGUCAACGACUUACAUGACAGUGCAUCUGCCGAGACAUACUGCACCCUGAAUGGCGAGGUAAUACCCGUGAAAGUGGCGCAGUCGCUCGCCAACGACCCGACGCUACGGAUAUGGACGGCCGCACUCACCAGCAAGAGCCGCCAAAAAAUAAUUGUAGAAGACAAGCGCAAGGAGCUGUUGAAGACACUCCUUCAGGUUUACAUGGAUGACGAAUCGGCGAGCGAGCGAGCGGCACAUCUGCUGAACUCGCAGGCCAAGAACUUGGACGUCCUCGAUGUGAUGCCGCUGGUACCGCCCAAAUGGCCCCUCACAGCUGUCUCAUCGUUCCUGACUCGCUCUCUGCGACGGACUGUCCACGCGCGUCAAGAAGGUCGCAUUGUCCGUGCGCUCAGCGCCGGCCAGAACCUCGAGGUGAAAGAACGGACUUGGCUCAUUCUGCGCGAAGAGGGCAUGGUUGUCGAGGAGGCUCUUGACGGUGACGAUGGCGACGGCGAAUACAACGAGAAGGCGGGGAUCGAAAAGGUUGUUUCGCCGGUCCAGGAUGAGAAGAACCCGGGUGCUUGGGCGGAUGAUGCCGCUGUUGAAGUAACUUGA